CUGCCUCUGCCACUGUGCCACUCACUGCGAUUUACAAUACAGAACACAUACAUACAGAUACAGUUCAGUUCAUGGUUCUUCAGUCUUCAGCCUUCAGUCCUUCAACACUGGUGUGCAAUAACAUUUCAUGACAGAAGGAUAGUACGAACAAGGAUGUAGAAUCUUCCGUGUCUGCAAUUCCAUUUAAUUUCACGUUCUGCUGCAGUGUCAGUAACUGUGAAAUAAUCUUCCAGUUGUCAUUUAAUAUUUAAAUGCUUUAAAACCGUCAUAUCCUGUUUUCCAUUAAUGCAUUAAACUUGUCGCGUGAAUGUACCAGAGGGUAACAUGCAAGUGAAAUGAAAGUUCUCUGUGUCUUUGACCUAAUUCAGUUCCUCGUGCCUUCGAAAGAAAAAUGUACAUUCCAAAAUAGUAUAAAAACCAUUACAUAACGAUAAUCGAAGAUAAUAGCAUAUUGUAAGUCAGUACGUGAGUGAAAUAGAAAUUUAAAUUGCCGUAAUGACGAGCGCGGACACACGUGACGUAAUCCGUGUCGGAUCUCGGAAAAGCGAGUUGGCAUUAAUUCAAACAAGGCAUGUUAUACAGUGUUUGAAAGAGUAUCAUCCAAAAAAGGAAUUUGAAAUAGUUACGAUGUCUACCAAAGGAGAUAGGAUUUUGGAUAAAUCUUUACCAAAAAUUGGUGAGAAGUCUUUGUUUACGGAAGAAUUAGAGCUAGCUUUAGAAAAUGGGCGUGUUGAUUUUUUAGUACAUUCAUUGAAAGAUUUACCCACAUCCCUGCCAGAGGGAAUGGCUCUAGGUGCAAUAUUAAAACGUGAAGAUCCACGUGAUGCAGUUGUUAUGUCUAAAAAAUAUAAGGACAAAACAUUAUCUAUGUUGCCUGAAGGUUGUGUAAUUGGCACAAGUUCAUUGCGUAGAUCAGCUCAGUUAGCUAGAAAUAUGCCACAUUUAAAAGUAGAAAGUAUUCGUGGUAACUUAAACACUAGAUUGAAAAAGUUAGAUGAUAAAGAGGGACCUUUUGCAGCUAUUAUUUUGGCAGCUGCUGGUUUAAAGAGAAUGAAUUGGGAAGAUAGAAUAAGUGAGUUGUUAGAACCAGAGGAUACAAUGUAUGCUGUGGGACAAGGCGCAUUAGGAGUUGAAUGCCGGGAGUCUGAUUUGGAAUUAUUGCCCCUUUUGGAACCUCUGUACGAUGUAGAAACAACAAUAAGAUGUGUAUGCGAACGUUCUUUCUUGAAAACAUUAGGUGGCGGAUGUUCUGCACCUGUUGCGGUUUCUUCGACAUUGGUAGACAAAGAACUUACUAUUACUGGUGCAGUAUGGUCUUUGGAUGGACAAAAAGAGAUCAAAGACACUUUAAAAAGUAAACUGUACAUACCUGACGACGACGGUAAACCUCCACGAAAAUGUCCAUAUCGUGAACCGAAGCUGUACUGUAGCGUUACACCCGGUAAAGUAAGCGGCAUAAGUUUAAUGGGUGCUGAACAACUAGGAAAAGAUCUUGCAAAGUGCCUUAUAAAGAAAAAUGCUCUACAAGUUAUGGUUCAGGCGAGAAAUGAAAUUUUGAAUUCGAAGUAGAAUCGAUACGUAGCAUUGUAAGAAUUAGUUUUUCUUGAUAAUGGAACAAUAUGUUGAAUUUUGAACAACUACAGGUAGUUGGUUUAAUUGGCAUUGUAAGUCGCACUUUUAAUUGAUAGGAUAUCAUUCAAUAAUUGUUAUACAUUUUGAUUAAUUUAUAAUUGUUAUCACAUUAAUUCUUUUAUUAGCACAGAAUAUUACUGCCAUUUUGACAAAUAUAUUUUAAAUAAAUAGUUGACUCUCGCUCUCUUUAUCAAAGUGAAAAUCUAUUUAUGUACUGUACAUAUAAAAUAUGCUGUUUAGAAUCUA